CGUCACGUUCCACAGCAAAAACAACCACUCAUUUUUUGGCAAAUCAUGGGGAGACUCGGCCUUCGUUUGGCAUUGUUGCUUUGCCUUGCCAUCUCCACAGCCAAUGCUCAGAGCGCUAGCAACGUCAGGGCAACGUACCACUACUACAACCCCGCGCAGAACGGAUGGGACCUGAACGCCGUCCGCGCUUAUUGCUCAACAUGGGACGCGAGCAAGCCGCCGGCUUGGCGGAAGAAGCACGGGUGGACCGCCUUCUGCGGCCCGGCCGGGCAUCGUGGGCAAGAGGCCUGUGGCAAAUGCUUGAGGAUCACGAACAUCAGGACGAAUGCGCAAAUUACCGCGAGGAUCGUCGACCAGUGUAGAAACGGAGGGCUCGAUCCGGACUACGACACCAUCUUCCGUCCGCCUGGACACGAUGGACACGGAUAUAACCAAGGACACCUCAUUGUGAACUACCAGUUCGUUAACUGUGGUGACUAAAUCAUACUCAGUUUCUAGUUUUCGCAAGUUCGCGCCUGGGAAUAAUAAGACUUUGUUGAGAAAGAAGCGGUCGCUUCUUCUGUAAUAGAAGUCGUUAUUACGAAAUAAACAUAAUUACUAUUAUUGUGAAUCUA